AUGUCUAGGGGUGAUCAGCCCGCGGAGCCACAAUGGCUUGCCAAACCUUCCGGCGCCUGUUGCUUGAAGUACGUCUCGAUGGCCUUCGAUCCCGAUGCCUUACUGAUAGCGCUUGACAGAGGCCACCUCCAUAACGGCGACCCGAAAGGGUUGUUCGAGCGCCUGGCCGACAUCGAGACUUAUGUGACCAAGCCGUCGGCUGAGAAGGAUAAUGGGCAUAUCGUCUUCUACUUCCCCGACGUCUUUGGCUUCUUUACAAAUGGCCUAUUGGUUUGCGAUACGUUUGCAGAGGCAGGUUAUACUACUAUCGGUAUCGAUUACUUCAGUGGAGACCCAAUCUACAUGCACAGAGAUGGACCAAAGGAGCCGAAGGAAGGCUUCGAUUUUGAAGCAUGGCUGGCUAAGCACAACAAGUUUGCCGUCGAGAACGUUAACGGAUGGAUCUCGGCCGUGAAGCAAAAGUACGGCAAGUCGGAGACCAAGUACGCUUGUGUAGGACACCACUUCGAGAACAUCCAACGCCCUCUCUUCCUCUCCUGCGCCGAGUCCGACUUCACCUUCGAGACCGACGCGCGCAACAAGGCCCUCUCCAUCCUGCGCGAGGCGAAAAAGCCGUACUCGCUGCAGCUGUUUUCUGGAGUGGAGCAUGGAUUUGCUCUGCGCUGCAACCUGGAUGUUGCGGAUGAGCGUUGGGCCAAAGAAGAGUCCGCCAGAGGCAUUGCGAGCUACUUUGACCUGAAGUUGGGCUUGUUUGAGAAGCAGGGCAAGGAUGCGAAGCUGUAG